CCAAGAGCAGAAAAAUCUGAACACCGAAAACGAAAAGAGAAAGAAAACCCUUUUUUUUUUUUUUUUGGAUAAGUGAUAAAAAACCGCACUUUAUGGUUGUGAAAUCUCUCUUUCUGUCUGUAGUCCACAGAAAUAUCUGAAAGUUUUCUAAGUGAAGAGAACCUGCCGAAGCAAUGGCUUCAACAGGUGCCGUGACUGCUCAAAUAUCAAAUCUACAUGGAGCCACUGAUUGGAAGAAGCCCACUCCUACACUGUCCCUUGGUAACUUUAAUUUGAAUACGAACCUAGCUGGUAAGCAGUUUUUAUCACCAUCAGGUCAUCGAAAAUCUGGGCAUAAUUAUAAAUCUCUACGUGUAUAUAGUCUGUUUGGAGGAAAAAAGGAUGAGAAGGGUGAUGAUGCACCUUCCAAGGCAGGAAUUCUUGGAAACAUGCAAAAUCUGUAUGAAACAGUGAAGAAGGCACAAAUGGUUGUCCAGGUUGAGGCUGUGCGGGUGCAAAAAGAACUUGCCGCAGCAGAGUUUGAUGGUUACUGUGAAGGUGAGCUGAUAAAGGCAACAUUAUCCGGAAACCAGCAACCUGUACGCAUAGAGAUUACUGAGGCAGCAAUGGAAUUAGGUGCAGAAAAGCUAUCUCUUUUAGUUAAUGAAGCAUACAAGGAUGCACACCAAAAAAGUGUCCAGGCCAUGAAGGAAAGGAUGAGUGAUCUUGCACAAAGCUUAGGAAUGCCACAAGGUCUCAGUGAGGGAUUAAAGCAACAAUGAUCUCUCAACCAGCACCUGCAUGAGCUUAGUGAGGGAUUGAAGCAACGAUGAUCUCGACUGGCACAGUGGCACCUGGAUGAUUUUCGACUUUGUUUACAAACCAAUGCAUAAAUGCUCGUUUGUACUUUUUACUAUAUGAAUUUGCAUUGUGAUUUUUGUUUUCUGAUGGAACUCGCACUUUUUGUUCAAAAAUGCGUUGAUGUUAACACAAAUUCGAAUAUCUUUCGUUCCUAUCUGUAUCUGUUCAGGGGCAUGUACAACACCCCAAAAUUAAAAUGAUUGGACAGAGAAAGAAGAACUUUCUUUUUCUCCUAUUAUUCCCGUCAAUUCCCUGAAACAGUAACAACAAUAUAAUGAGAGAAC